UUUAUCUAUAGCAACGUUUGUAAUUUGACAUCGUCUGCUGUAGAUAUUAAAUAGUAUACAGAUUUUUUCUUGAAGAUUUUAAAGACUUUUUCAAACGAACAAUUAUUCGAUGAUUUUUUAACUUUUUAUAAUUUUCAUGCAUAUUUGGUGCUCUAUAAUAUUUAUCUGUUCACAAAUAAUUAUCAAUAUAAUUGAUAUACAAAUUUAUAAGAAAACUGGCUUAAUUCAAGAUAUUUUUUGUAUUAGAUUAUGGAUGACGAACUAGAAGACAAGAUUUUAUAUCAGACAUAUGUAUCAUAUAUGAAGCUAGUAUCAAAGUUUGCAGUGGGUAUUCCCACAGGAUUAAAUGCUGGAAUAAAUACUCCUUUGGGUUAUUUUUGGAAGAUCAUGAGAGUAUAUGCAUUUAAGCCAGAAGUGUUAAUUUGUGGUGCAGUUUUGGCAAUAAUUCUAUUUUAUAUACAAGCUGUUGAUGUAUGGAGCCGAUCAUUGUUAGGUAGAAUUCAAUAUACGCUUGGUCGUACAACAUCAAAAGUAUCAAAAUUACAAUUUUUAGUUAAUGAUUCUGUAAAUAAUGGGGUGAAACUUAGUUGGGAAUUAAAACAAGGACAUAUUGCUGCAUAUGCAGUUCAAGGUCAUAGAGCUCGUAUGGAAGAUCGUUUUGUUGUAAAUGAAGAUAUGAACAAUACAGGUGUAUCUUUAUUUGCAAUAUUUGAUGGACAUGGUGGAGAAUUUGCAGCAAAUUAUGCUCGUGAUAAACUUAUUCCAAAUAUUAAUAAAAAAGUGAUUGAAUUAAAAAAUAUGAUAGCUGGUAAAACAUCAUAUGUAUCUGAAAAUACACAGAAAAAUGAAGAAAUAGAAAAAAAAGAAGAAAAAAGUGAUGUAAGAUAUCUUGAACGUAAAAAAUCUUUUCGUAAAACUGUAAGCACAUCAUUAACAGAUGAUUGCAAAAAAAAUGUUGAUGUAACUGAUCCAGAACUACUUGAUAAAUUGGAUAGUUUACAAAGACCAAUAACAAGAGAAAUAAGACCAUGCAGAACAAUAGAAAAGCCUCAAAAAAUAGAUAUUGCAAAUUAUCUUGAUGGAAAUAAAAUAAAUUAUGGUAGAUUAUUAACUGAUGAAGUACUAGCAGUGGAUAGAUUAUUAGUUGAAGCUGCUAAGAAAAACAUGGAUAUAGCUGGCACAACUGCCUUGAUUGCUCUUCUAGAAGACAAUAAAUUAAUUGUAGCAAAUGUUGGAGAUUCAAGAGGUGUGAUGUGUGAUGGAAAAGGAAAUGCUAUACCCUUAUCGUUUGAUCAUAAACCACAACAAGAAAGAGAAAGAAAAAGAAUAAAUAAAGCUGGUGGUUUAGUGACAUUCAAUGGUGUGUGGAGAGUUGCUGGUAUAUUAGCAACUUCUCGAGCUUUAGGAGAUUAUCCAUUAAAAGAUAAAAAAUUAGUUAUUGCUGAUCCUGAUAUUUUAACUUUUGAUCUUAGUGAUCAUAAUCCAAUGUUUAUUGUCUUGGCAUCAGAUGGCUUAUGGGAUACAUUUACAAAUGAAGAGGCUGUUGCGUUUAUUAAGGAACGCAUAAAUGAACCACAUUUUGGUGCAAAAAGUAUUACAUUACAAAGUUAUUACAGGGGUUCUGCUGACAAUAUUACUGUAGUUGUAAUUAAUUUAAAAGAUCGUAAAUAUAGCAUAUCAGAGGCCAAAAAAAAUCAAUAAUGUAAUAUACAAUGAAUUUGUUUUUUUCCAAAGAUAUUCUAGUCAUUAAUUAUACAUUAACGACUAAGUGUAAAUCUGGAAAAAAAUGAAAAUAUACUUUUGUUUGUGUAAUAUAAAAA